GUGGUCCAAACAACCAAACAGCCGCUAUAUAGCGGACUAGGGGCUCGUUGGAGAGAAAACUUAUUACAACCGACCAACGCGCUUUGUAACGCCUCCGCUGCAAUCAGCCCCCGCGGCGAGCUUGCCCUGCCCCUGAUUGCUAGUUCUCGCCGUUACGUAAGGCUUCUUGGCCUUGCGUCCUCCGUCUUUCGUUGCUGAUACAUCGAGGUAUUAAAGAAGCUGCCUGGUUCCGGGCAGCAGAGGUCGCCGCCGCCUGCAGCAAUGGCCGACUUCUCCUGGCUCACGGUGCUUGGCUUCCUAUUCCUCACCUUCAACUCAGGCAUGGCGAUUUAUCGGUCCAACGGUGACGCCGGCUCCGUCGCUUUCGUCGUGGUAUCUUAUCUCGACCUGGUGGCCCUGUUCGCCUGCUUGCGCUACUACGAGCAGUUGGAUCAGCAGCACUCCCAAAAGCGCGCGAGGGUCAAGGCUGGGGUUUGGAGCCUCACGACCCUCCUUACUAUCAUGUUCAGUUACAAGGUGGCUGAGAUUAUGCCCCUGCCAGUCAAACUUGUUGUCUGGUCGAUGGCAGCCGCUACCACCUGUGGCGGCUUCUACGCUUUCUUCGUCCACAGCGAGAAGCCUGUCAUGCCAGCGGUGGCGCCACGGCCCGCCGCGGCCAAGGAUGCAGCCUCCAACUAGGUUCGUUUGCCACCACAAGGCGCAUACUGCCGGCCUUGGUUCGGCACCGCGCGUUAGAUCCCAGGGCCAACUAGGUUGUUCUCUAAUUCCUAAUUUCUUGGCCUUUUCUCUUCCACUCUCCGCCAUUUUAGCUGUCGCCUCGGUUGUUUUAGCUUGCCGGCGUGGACAGACUGGCAGAUCUGGAGCUCGGCGCGACCAGAUCCGGUGCUGCUGUGCCCGAUGGCAGAGGAGAUCUCUCUGGUUUACUCUGCUAAGAGUCAAAGAGGAGCUGAUGACGACAACUAAGCUUGGGUUACCGAUAAUUGAGCCUGUUCUCUGCACGAGAAGAAAUUUCCGGCCUCACCUAGUACUAAUAAGUAUGCUGGAUAGUCCCCCAGCACGGGAGUUAAUUGUAUCAAGAGAAGUGGAGACCAAGGGCAGAGUAGAACUACAGAGGAUAUCUUUGUAUAUGGAGGCUACAUGUGAACAAGAAAGGAGAGGAGGAAGACUGUAUAGAUCUGAAGAACCUAAGGAGAAACAAUCAGAGUACUUGCUGGAACACAUAUAUCUUCCAUGAUAAAAGUUAGAUUUCUUGUUUGGUGCUCAUGCAUGGGUUCCAUAUGUUCUUCCCGUCUUAUUAGAACAUAUCUAUUGGACUACCAUGCAUAAAAAGCCGUCGUUUCAUAAACUAUUGGGACUAUACGGCACCAAUGAAGCUAUUGAUGCUGGCCGGCAAGCUGACAGCGAGGUGAAAGCUUUUCAAAACGAUAUUCCGAGUGGAAGAGAAAAGAAAAUAAAAGAAAUAGCAGGUUAUUUUAGAAAAAAAUAGUUGGCCCAUAUGUAACGCGCGGUAGCUUUAAGAUUAUUAUGUCCAGCAGCUUAUUCAUAUAUUAUACAUAUAUUCAAAUUUCACUCUGUGAAUAGUAGUCUAAAAUACAGUAGUGUUUUGAGUAAACUAUGGAUAAACUGCUGGACAAGGUCUAAGAUAAGUGCUGCGUGGUGGCAACAAACGACACUUAGUCUUGUUUGGUGGCAAUGAUAUUGGAGGGGCUAAAGUUUUUUCGCUCCUAAACAAGCUCCUAAACAAGCUCCUAAGAAUCUUACGUGUUAUGUUGCAUUAUGGAAUAUCUAUGUAUCUGCAAACUCUCUGUAGUCUGUAUGUACCUCGGAUGUGCUCUAUGUGGCUUUGUAAUUCUGAACGGAGGAAGUAAUAAUAAGAUAAAUGGAUGGCGUAACAAGAUAA